GGUGACAGGGAGAGAGAAAGAACGAGAGAGCUAGAGCGAGAGAGCGAGAAAGGGAGGGGAGAGUGUGUGUAUGUGUGUGUGCGUGCGUGCGCGUGUGUGUAUGUGUGUAUGUGUUGUGGGGGGGCGGGGGUUGGCUGUGCGGGCGCCCGCAGGAUGAGGGCGGCCAUUGCUGUGGCUCCACCGCGGGGAGGAAGACUCUGAGGCCGCGAGCUGCGCGCGCGCGGGGGGGGGAGGGGGGGAGGCGCCCGAGCCCGCGCCCGCGCCCGCGCCCGCGCCCGAGCCGGGGCUCAUGGCCAGAACCACGAGCCAGAUUAACGUUCUAUAAUAACCAAAGGAGUACAGUUAAGGAAAAGAAAUUAACAUGUUGACCAUAUUUGAUGGCAUAUGCCUCAUUUCACACCUGGAUUCCAUCACCUCUUUACCGAGAGGAGGAAGAAAAACAAAACCAUUCUAACAGAUAUGCGUAGUCAAGCAAAACUAAUUCCUGCAUUGAUAAUGUCCAAAAAAAUACGUUUCAAUCAGCACCUCAAGUCCAUCUCUUCUGACAGUAGUAUGACGCUAUUCCCAUACAAACUAGUGUGGUAUUAUGUUCCUGUCCAGCCCCAUCAAUGGUGAGAAACCAUACCGAUUCCAGCACUCCCCCUGUCAUCGUUCCCUGUAGUAGUAGACAGGGGUCUACCAUGGAUGGCACUGCAGCCGAGCCAAGGUCUAAUUCAAAUUCCUUACCACAACAUUCAGGACAGCAGCUACCACAGCCUCGAAAGAAACGGCCAGAAGACUUCAAGUUUGGAAAAAUCCUUGGUGAAGGGUCUUUCUCAACAGUUGUCUUGGCCCGAGAAUUGGCAACUUCAAGAGAAUAUGCUAUUAAAAUCCUAGAGAAACGGCAUAUCAUAAAAGAGAACAAGGUACCAUAUGUAACCAGAGAAAGAGAUGUAAUGUCCCGCCUGGAUCACCCUUUCUUUGUAAAACUUUACUUCACAUUUCAGGAUGAUGAAAAGCUGUAUUUUGGCCUUAGUUAUGCCAAAAAUGGAGAGCUACUUAAAUACAUUCGAAAAAUUGGUUCUUUUGAUGAGACCUGCACCAGAUUUUAUACUGCUGAAAUUGUGUCUGCUUUAGAAUACUUGCAUGGAAAGGGAAUUAUUCACAGGGACCUUAAACCAGAGAACAUUUUAUUAAAUGAAGAUAUGCACAUUCAGAUUACAGAUUUUGGAACAGCAAAAGUAUUAUCUCCAGAUAGUAAACAAGCCAGGGCUAAUUCAUUUGUAGGAACAGCACAAUAUGUUUCUCCAGAGCUGCUUACAGAAAAAUCUGCGUGUAAAAGUUCAGACCUCUGGGCUCUCGGAUGUAUAAUAUACCAGCUUGUAGCAGGAUUACCACCAUUUAGAGCAGGAAAUGAAUAUCUUAUAUUUCAGAAGAUAAUUAAAUUGGAAUAUGACUUUCCAGAAAAAUUCUUCCCUAAGGCAAAAGAUCUUGUGGAAAAACUUUUGGUUCUAGAUUCCACAAAGCGAUUAGGCUGUGAAGAAAUGGAUGGGUAUGGGCCCCUUAAAGAUCAUUCAUUCUUUGAAUCCAUAACAUGGGAGGAUCUGCAGCAUCAGACACCUCCAAAACUCACGGCAUACUUACCUGCUAUGUCUGAAGAUGAUGAAGACUGCUAUGGAAAUUAUGACAAUCUUCUAAGCCAAUUUGGAUGCAUGCAAGUUUCAUCUUCAACUUCUUCACAUUCAUUGUCUGCUUCAGAGACUAGCCAGCCCCAAAGGUCUGGCAGUAAUAUAGACCAAUACAUUCAUGAUCUGGACAAUAAUUCUUUUGAGCUGGACUUACAGUUUUCUGAAGAUGAGAAGAAAUUAUUAUUGGAGAAGCAGGCCAGUGGAAACCCAUGGCACCAGUUUGUAGAAAAUAACUUAAUACUAAAAAUGGGUCCAGUAGAUAAAAGAAAGGGUUUAUUUGCACGCCGUCGUCAAUUACUCCUUACAGAAGGACCACAUUUGUAUUAUGUGGACCCUGUCAACAAAGUCCUGAAAGGAGAAAUUCCCUGGUCACAAGAACUUCGGCCAGAAGCCAAGAAUUUUAAGACCUUUUUUGUUCACACACCUAACAGGACAUAUUACCUGAUGGACCCAAGUGGGAAUGCUCAUAAGUGGUGCAAAAAGAUACAUGAAGUUUGGCGGCACAGAUACCAGAACCACCCGAAUGCUGCUGUCUAGGAAAGCUUAUCCCAAACUGGCCUGGCUCCUGCCUGCUGCUCCAUGAUUCAGCAUUUGGGCUCGGCAGCAUAUUGGAAGGACCUUCCCACACCACCUGUUAGCCAUCUCAAGGGGAAAUCAUAUGUCUGAUAUAUUGCAGUUUUUUAUUUAAAAAGAAAAAAAGACAAAAAAAAUGACAAAAAAACCAACAACAAACAUAAAUGGAAUUCAGGGUCGCUUUGCUUGUUCUUUGUGCUUCCGUUGAGGCUUCCACAUGCAUAUCGUUGCAGUGAAGAUCUUGCUUUGGUGCCCUUCAGCUCAAUUUCUGCUGCAGACUAGUGGAUAGACCUUGCAUUACCAACUUCACUUAAGAUAAAUUGAAACUGGUCUAUAUGCACACACCCCAAAUCAUGUACCAGUUCUGUGUGUAUAAAUGGGACAGGGAUUUUUGUGGUUUUGUUUCCCCCUUCUCCUCUUGCCAAGAUCCCAUUUAGAUUAUCAUUGAACUCUAUUUCAUCAGGGAGCUUUUAAAUGCCUCUGCUGAGGUCUUGCCAUUGUUUCUGUGGGUUUAUUUUAUUUUAUUUUAUUUUCCUGUUCAUGCUUUUUUUGGUAUAUGGCAAUUAGGUUGAUUUUACCCUUUUCCAUAAUCUCUAAUAUUAGUUCUGGUUGCAAGAUUUCCGUGGUACUUAUUAUAAUUAUGUGAGUGCACCAGAUAUAUGCUUGACAGG